AUGAUAGAUCAGAACGGAGGCGCUACGGCCUCUGGUAGCUCUUUACCAGCUGCAGUGGUGCCUGAGUCUAUAGCAAUGAGCGCGACACCCCCCGUCAGCACGGUGGUUAGCCAUGCGCUUCCAUUGGAGAAACCUGGGGCGGUACGGACGCGAACGAUGGUGAUAUUGGCCUUCUGGGCAGUCAUUAUAUUUUUCGGAUUUCCGAUGUGGUGGAAAACGACUUCUGUCUACCGGGCGUCUUUACCCCUUGAUGAAAUGACAAGUUGGGCUGAGGACAAGGCUUGCAAACCAGAGUUUCCGCUGGAAAUUAUCCUUCGCACGCCUUCUAUUUCACUGGCAGAGGCCCAGGGCCUGCUGAGAACGACACAACACGCCCUAGACGAUCUGAAUGAAUUCCCAGUCCAUCACCUACGCCUCAAGCUUGCGGAACAUACAGAAACGGCCGAAAACAAGCUAGACAUUGAUGUGGAGAUGGUGGACAACUCGAAUACUGCACUUGUUGUUAACCUCAUCUCGAAAGAAGAAAUACCAGCUCCGAUAUCAGAGCUUCAUUCCUAUUCACCGCGGAUGGACAUUUGGUAUCCUCCCAGUCAGCUUCCUUCCGUUACCUCUACAACAUCGCCUCUGAUUACCUUCAUUGCUGGCGAGAUCCAGAAGUUAUUCAACGAAGAAAAAGCAACCAUAGCACAUAUUCUCGGACAUGACUUCAACUCCAUAUCACCCACAAUGGCUGAGAUCGUUAGCAAGCGAGUUACAAGGUCUCUUAAAUAUGCUGAGACCUAUCAUUUAUCUUUCUCGCUCUUCACGCCUGGUUCACAACCGUCUUCGUGGGAGAUUGAGGAUGCGAUCCAGGAAUAUAUGCUUCCCCUACUACAUGCUUUCUCUCCAAUCAGCAACUUCUCUAUCGAUACGCAAGUCCAGCUCUAUGCGUCAUUUUCCCCGUCUUCUCCUCACCCGGAGUUUGAUGAGGCAGCUCAGCAAUGGACUUUAAAGGAGGAGCACCUGAGCGCGUUCAUCAACGCAGCGGAAUGGCCCUUAAGUCCAAGUAUUGGCAGCGGGCCAACAAUUAACUUCGUUCUCUACGUACCGGCUCCAUCGCAGUCACCACUCGUCGUCAAAGAAAGCCAGGCCACGAGCUGGAUUGUGCCACAAUGGGGUGGUGUUGCUAUAGUCAACCCGCCGCUUGCUGCCGCCACUUCUUCUAACCCAUCCUACCUCACCAAAGAAUCACUCAAACCAGCUCUUCUGACAUUCUCGCAUCAACUACUCACUCUCCUGGGAACACCCGCCACUCCAUCCUCCCUUCCCCUCCGCUUGCAGGCAUUAAUCCGCACCCGAGCCGCGAGCUUAUUGCUUUCUGCAUCUUCAACCAUGGGCUCACUUGCCCGACUAACGCAAUCUCUCUCAUCAAUUCCCAUCCCUCUUAACGUCGCCUCAUCAGUAAUUACCACCCUGUCCCAUCUUGCAUCAACAUGCCAGCUACUCCGCGAAGGCAAAUUCACGUCUGCUCUUGCCAGUGCGCGAGUGGCCGAGAAGGAAGCCGAAAAGAGUUUCUUUGAAAAGACUAUGGUGGGCCAGAUGUACUUCCCGGAUGAGCACAGGAUUGCCGUUUAUUUGCCCUUGUUGGGACCCAUUGGGGUUCCGCUGGCUAUGGCGUUGUUGAAGGAGCUGAAGAAUUUGAUUACGGAUUUCAGGCAGAGAAGAACGAAGAAAUAG